AUGGAGGCCUGGCUCGUGGAGCUGCAGAUGAUGGGAGGCCUGGCUCGUGGAGCUGCAGAUGUUGGAGGCCUGGCUCGUCUAGCUGCGGAUGGUGGAGGCCUGACUCGUGGAGCUGCAGAUGUUGGAGGCCUGGCUCGUGGAGCUGCAGAAGUUGGAGGCCUGCCUCGUGGAGCUGCAGAUGUUGGAGGCCUGCCUCGUGGAGCUGCAGAUGUUGGAGGCCUGUCUCGUCGAGCUGCUGAUGUUGGAGGCCUGUCUCGUGGAGCUGUGGAUGAUGGAGGCCUGGCUCGUGGAGCUGCAGAUGUUGGAGGCCUGGCUCAUGGAGCUGCAGAUGUUGAAGGCCUGGCUCGUCUAGCUGCAGAUGGUGGAGGCCUGGCUCGUGGAGCUGCAGAUGUUGGAGGCCUGUCUCGUCUAGCUGCAGAUGGUGGAGGCCUGGCUCGUCUAGCUGCGGAUGUUGGAGGCCUGGCUCAUGGAGCUGUGGAUUAUGGAGGUCUUGCUCGUGGAGCUGCAGAAGUUGGAGGCCUGGCUCGUGGAGCUGCAGAUGGUGGAGGCCUGCCUCGUGGAGCUGCAGAUGGUGGAGGCCUGCCUCGUGGAGCUGCAGAUGUUGGAGGCCUGUCUCGUCUAGCUGCAGAUGGUGGAGGCCUGUCUCAUCUAGCUGCAGAUGUUGGAGGCCUGGCUCGUCUAGCUGCAGAUGUUGGAGGCCUGGCUCGUGGAGCUGCAGAUGUUGGAGGCCUGGCUCGUGGAGCUGCGGAUGAUGGAGGCCUGGUUCAUCUAGCUGCAGAUGUUGGAGGCCUGGCUCGUGGAGCUGUGGAUGGUGGAGGCCUGGCUCGUGGAGCUGCAGAUGGUGGAGGCCUGGCUCGUGGAGCUGCUGGUGGUGGAGGCCUGGCUCGUGGAGCUGCAGAUGGUGGAGGCCUGGCUCGUGGAGCUGCAGAUGUUGGAGGCCUGGCUCGUGGAGCUGCAGAUGUUGGAGGUCUGGCUCGUGGAGCUGCAGAGGGAAGCAAAGACAAUGUCAGGACAUUUGCACGAAGAAUCUGUGUCUGGUCAGAUGGAGCUGAGGAUUCAGCUGUGAUUAAGAAGAGACCAAGAUCGGAGUCACUAAAGAGAACCCAGGAGCCGCAGACGAAAGUGCAGCUCAGUUGUAGCAAAGACCCCAGCAUUUUGGUGGUGCCAAUACCGUGA